AUGGAUGAAAUCGAAACCGAAAUAGACGAACACAUAAAAAAAAAUGAGUACGUUGAAGAUCUAGAAAGUGGUAAUUAUACUUACGGAGAAAAAAUCAAUUAUGUUGCCAUUAGCCCAAAUGGUUCGAUAGUAGCAAAGUUUAAUCCAUAUGACUCUUCUAUAUUAGUCACAAAAGUGACGACGAAUGCAAAUAAAAAUAUACCCUUCGAUAAGAAAAAAUUCUUUAAUAAAAAACCAUCUAAUGUUUUUGGUUGGUCUUUAGCAAUUUCGGACAUAAUUGAUGAAGGAAAUGAUAUUGGGUUGGUUGCAAUUUCUUGUGCAACCGACAUAGACACAAGUCCAAAAGAAAUUGAAAAAGAAAAUUUGCAAAAAGCAUCAAUUAGAAAACAAUUAUUAAUAUUAUUGCCAGAUUUCCAAUUCAUCUUAAUUUUCUUAUUUAUUUGUUAUUAUUCGGUCAUUAUUGGUUACACACAUAAUUUAAAUCUUUACUUUUAUCUAUUUUUUAUUAUCAUUUUCAUGAAUAUUCUUUAUUUUUACGAAUCUUAUAACACUCCUAAAAUCCUAAAGACUGAUAUAAAGCAAUCUCUUAUUUCUAGUGAAGGAAUGAUAAAAAUUUUUAAAUUUUCAUUUAACGAUAACAACAAUGAUAAAGAAGACGAUAAUUAUUCAAUAUAUCAUCUUGGUGGAGCUGUUACCUUUUUAAAUAAUUCUAAUAAGAAUAGUACAACACUUAUCUGCAUGAAUUGUGUGGAAAUACAAAAAAUUAAUAUUAUAUUGGACAAGAAUAUUAUUAUAUCAAAAGAAGGUAUCUAUUUAUUACCUGAAAAUUUAUUUAAAAAAUUAGGAAGUUUUAAAGAUUCAAAAUGCAAAUGGAAAUAUCUUUUAAAAUCUAAAUUUCAGAAAUUUUUAAUGAUUGAUACGAGUAAAAAUGAUCACGUACAAAGCAUUGAAUUAUAUGAUGUUAAUAAUUUACAAUUAAUAAAUGUAUUAUUUGCUUAUUCUUAUGGAGAUAAUAUUAUUACAAUUUAUUUAAUGGAAAGUGGACUUGAGGUCGUUUCAAAGAAAUUUGAUAAUAUCUUUAAAAUUAAAUUUUUAGAAUUUAUUGAAAAAGAUAAAAAAUUAUUCAUUAUUGAAGAAGAUAGAGAAAGUAAUGUGAAAUUUCAUAUUUGGAUUAUAUCAGGAUGUUUAAAUGAUUAUUUUUCCAUUUCUAAAGAUGAUAUUGGUUUAUCGGAUAGUAAUAUCUCUAUUCUGUCAAAAUAUGAUGAGCAUCAUAAUGCUUUUACAAAAGCAAAUGGAAAAGUAGUUUUUAAAAUUGAUGGGGAACAGUUUAGAACCGUACACGAAAUAACUAUACAAAGAACGAUUUUUGGAGAAAAUGAUGCUGUAACUGAUGAGUAUGAAUAUCAAUCAUGUAAUCUAGAACCAUGGAAUAAUUAUGAUAAUACAAAGACUAUUAGUGGUAGAUUUCUUAAUAACGACAAAAGAUUGCUUCUUAUAAUUGGUCAAAAUAGCAUUCAACUAUGGAAAUCUAAAUCCAUAAAUUUUGUAGAUUUUAACAAUUUUAAAAAAUUUUGA